AUGAGUUUUGACUCUCCCCGGGCCACCCCUCAAAUCACGGGGGUCCCGAACCCCAGGGUAAUCCUUUCAGCUGGGGGGGAGGCUCCUUGGCGGUUUGCUGUGAUCGUGUUCUUCACUUGCAGCGGACAUUUGAGCCAACGAGCUCAAUUCAUGACUCAAGAUACGACCCAUGUCGGUGACCAAUCUGGCUGGAGCGGUGUUGCCGCUGGCAACUUCUCACUGCGAGUGCAACCGACCAGUACCACCCCACAGGGCACUCCGCCGAGGGAUCUCGAGGCGUCAACGAGUAGUGCGAAAGCUGGCACCGAAGAUUCUAGACCAUCAAAGCGACCAAGAUUAAACAAACACGAAUCUGACGAUGACCCUCAAGAUAGUUGGACUGACGAGCAGAAGACGAAAUUCCUGACGCUCAUCCUCGAACAGCGAUCCCUCUGUCCUCUAACCAAGACCAACGGGAACCUUCAGAGUCAGGCCAUAGCCGAAAAGAUGAACAAGAUCUUCGGGACCGAAUUCCGUCUGAAGGCUUUGAAAAAUCUACUACAUCAACUUCGUCAAUCCUAUUUUGACAUCAAGUUUUUGCGCAAGCGAUCCGGAUUCCAAUGGGAUGAGAAAACCGGCACAAUCAGUGCCAAUGAUGCUACAUGGGAAAAACUUUUGAAGGAGUAUCCUCAUAAGAAAUAUUCACAGCUCCGACACAAGCCUAUUAGAUGGUAUAGCCUUGCCGAACAGACCUUUUGUGCAGCAUCCGAAACGGAGAAACAUCCUGGUGCUGGCAACUCGAAGCCCAAAGAGAUUUCAACAGACAACAACGCCGACGAAGACGGGCGCAGCGUUACUCCCUCCUCUCGAGGCCCAUCAGUGACGAAGAAAACACAACCACAGUCUGAAGAACCAACCAGCAAAGAUGAAAACAUCUUUAUAAAGCCUGGUGUUGAAAACUCGAAGCCCAAAGAGAUUUCGACAGACGACAAGGCCGACGAAGAUGGGCGUAGCAUUACUCCCUCCUCUCGAGGCCCAUCAGUGACGAAGAAAACGCAACUACAGUCUGAAGAAACACCCAGCAAAGAAGAAGAUACCAAUCUUAGGGUGCUUCCCGGCACGACAGCUGUCCCUGACGCGAGCAAAACACACACAAUCGCUCCUGAUCAAUCAGACGUGGAAACGUCAAAUCCAACCAUCAAAGCGGUUACCUCAAUGGCUCACAUCUUGCUCGACCAAGUGAGCCCCUCAGAAUACGCCAAGUUUGUCGAGGUCGUCGAGAGCGAGACAAAUGCGCAAAUCUUUUUGACUCUCCUUUCGACCACCAACCCGGACACUUGCAAGGCUUGGCUGACUCGCAAAUCGGCUAAAUUAUAAUGACCCAGCUUACAGAUUUCCUUGUCCUCUUCUCUCCAUCUGCUUUGGUUAUAGACACACAUCAAAGAAGAAUCUGAUUUCAAACUCCAUAAGCAAAGUUAUAUUAAUUUUCUCUAAAGCUUUAUUCCAUGGAUUCGAAUGGUUUUUUUUUCUGAGAAUAGCUGAGCCUUGAUUGUGAAACCAAAUCACUAUGUGCAUCAGUGAGUAUGC